CAAUUCAGUUAGUUGAACUGCCACAGUUAGGCGAGCACACUUACGCUAGGGAACGUUUUGAUCACCGAAAUAAGGAAAAACCUUACUGAAAACCCUAAUCUAAUUUUACACGGAAGUCGAACCAGUUAACCAGGUUAAAUUCAGUCAGUCUUGCUUACAUUUGUGAAGUCCCCCAAAUAGCAACGAUGGCCAGCUGCGACAUGCAGCCAACCCCUUCGCAGGAAGAGUUGAAGAGGACUGAGAACAACAAGAAUGAGAAAAAUUCCGAAGAAAGUCGACCAAUGCAUGACGAUAGUGAUGCGGUUGCCACUUCCUCGUCGGAGACUGAGCUGCGGCCUUCUCGCAGUUCGGCGACCAGGACUAGGAUUCCGGCUCCAGUUUUCAUGGGUCCCAGUGCCAGCAGCCGGGUCUAUAGUUCCGUGGUGGUCCAGCGCAAGAGCCGCACCUCAUUGAAAAGCCAGCAGAUGGCCGACGACUCCGGCAUCAAUUUGGACUGCUCGAUGACCGAGGUGCAGACUCCGCUGUCGACCAGACCAAGUCCAAUGGAGCAGACAAUGCUCGACAGGAUUCCGGCCACCAGCAGCGAGAUGGAGCUCCGACUGGAAGAGGAGCAGACCCUCAGAGAACUUCAACGUGUCGUCGCCGAAAUGGAGGCCGAUGUGGCCCUUCAUGAUUUGGAUAUGCAAGAUCUACAGCCCGGUGAUGACGAACAGGAUACACAACUCCAAAAUGCAGUCUCCGAUGUUGGGAAUGGUAUCGAGAGUUUUGGCCUGAAUAUGACACCAGAAACCGAAACUCUGCAGAAAACUCUUCCUAGUGAGCCUGAAAAUCGUCUAGUCUAUGAAGAACUCCCGGCAGAGAAUUUACAGAUGGUUCAGGAAGAAAUUGCGCAGAAAGAGGAAUUUUCAGAAAUUAAGGAAACUGCCGUGGAAAUAGAAUCUGUAAAGGAAUUCGAACUUUUCGAACAGUUGGCCGAAGAGCCAGUAGAAGAAUGCACAGAGAUCCUUCAAGAUACCCCACAGGAUGCUGUAGGCGAAGAAUCCGCAAAAUGUGUACCCGAAUCGGUAAUGGAGGAACUCGAAAUGGUCAUUGGUGGAAGUGGCGAGUCCGAACAGGACAGGCUUAUCCGUGAACAAAUCGAAAAGGGUACUGAAACAUUGGGCCCCAAGUUCCAUCAACCUGCGGAUGAGAUUGUGUGCAUAGAUACGGAACCGGAACCGGAACUGGUUGCCUAUCCCUCGCUGGAUGGGUCGAUGGAAAGCAAUCAAGGGAUGGUUACUUUGGAAGAACUGUUUGAUCCGGAGCAUAACGUGGAGCUACUGCGUCACCUUCUGCAGACCAUAACGGAACAGAACAGCGAAGCUGAUACAGCGCCAGACUUGACAGAAAGUGAGCAAACGGAAGAAAAGGAAACGGAAGCGGAGGUGGAGAUGGAAACCGAGAUCGAAGAGGAAAUGGAUGCGGACCUAAAGCAAACUGGCAAACCUUCAAGUUUCUUGCGGCGUCUAAUGAACCAUAGAAUCCUCAAGUUUAGCUAUCCCAUAUUAUUCUGCAGCUUGGCUUUUAGUUUGAUCUACAUAUCGCGCAAGGAGUAGAAGUUAACUUAUCGAAAAAUGCAAAUUGGAUUUUAUGUACGUGCGGAUGCAUAUAUUUCACUACGCUAUAUAUGCACAUAUCCUACAAAGUACCUCAAAAUCACAUGACGCAUUGGCAUAAGGUUGCCUAAUAUAUCUAUUUUCCAAAUAAAUAUGCACAAUAACAA